UGGAGCGAGGGCAUGCAGGUACCAUUCACUAAGAAAAAGUGGCUGAUAAUUGCCGUGCAAUUGGGUAAGUUGGGUACAAUAUCGAUGCAACCACGGUCAACGGGAGCCUGUUAAGAAAGGCAUAGCAAGUACAAGUAAAUCUGUCACACCGCUGAUGUUUUCUGUUCUCUGUUGAUGUUUGCUAUUAGAUGGGUAAAAUUCACGUUUGAGUCAGGACUCAUUGCAUUGACAGCAACUCACCAUGUCUUCAACCAAGGUUAUCCCAAUCGUUGACCCGGAGACGGUUGCAUAUAACAGGAGGAUCGUCCUCGCGGCCACAAUAACGGUACUGGUCCUAUCUAAUGCAUCUUAUAUAUUACGGCUCGUUGCGCGGCGAAUGCAACAUCAGAGGUUGCAAGCAGAUGAUGUUUUUAUGGGCUUGGCCUUGCCUUUCAGUUACAUUCCCGCUGUCUGUUUACUUUAUGGUCUGACAUGCGGUCUGGGCAAACAUCAAGUGAACGUAUCAAAACCAGACCUCAGAAAGUUUAAUAUUUCACUGUUCAUUCUCCAAAGAGGCAAUCCACCAUGUCUCUUCUGCGUCAAGACGUCUAUCUUGAUUCUCUAUGCACGCCUCUUUCGCACUCAGACUUUCAAACGAGUGUGUAUUGGGGUUUGGGUAUUCACGUUGUGCUGGGCAAUCGCAGCCUUCACCUCCAACAUCUUGCAAUGCACACCCAUCUCCUUUUUCUGGGACAAGCAACAACCUGGCCAUUGCAUUCCCAACGCCUUAAUCCUAAUCGGAAUGACAAACGGCGUGCUCUCCUUCGUCGGUGACCUCGUCAUCCUCGCACUGCCGAUCCCCAUGAUCUGGAGUCUACAAAUCAACACCAGGAGGAAGAUAGCGUUGAAUGGUAUUUUCCUGAUUGGGGGCUUCGUGUGUUUGACGAGCAUUUUCAGAUUCGUCGCGCUGGCGCAUAUCAACACGAAGGAUAUUACCUGUUGCACCAGGUGUAUGGACAUACAUCGAACUCGGGAUCGGUAUAACGUGCGGCAACCUCCCUCUCCUGCGCCCUCUCUUCGGCCGCUACCUAGCAGGUACCCGAAGCGGCACGAACAAUACUCCCUACGGAAAUUCCAAAUCCGUGGACUCAUACCCGCUUUCGCGUGUCACGGCGUCGGUGAACGGAAGGGGGGAUACGGAUGGAUUCCAGAAGAUGAACGGGAAGUCGAAGUAUGGUGCAGAGGUUGAUAUUGAGAGCGUUGGAGAAGGGAGCGAGGUCGAGUUGAACCAGAGGGUUGCGGCGAUUGGGGUGGCGCAUGGUGGGAAUGGAACGAUGCAUGCAUCAUCGGAUACCUGGAAUGGUGAGGGGAUUCAAGUUAAGACCGAUGUCGAUUUGAGGAUCGAGAGGGUGAGGAGGGAGAUUGAGAUAGAGACCGUCAGAAGUCAAUCGCGGAUGGCGAGGUGAUGAGCGACUGGCCUUGAUGGGAAGCUGUAUCGAUGUGUGAACUCUGGGCGUUUUCUGGGUCUUGGUCUGAGGUUUGAUGAUUGUUGCGAUGUCGAUUUCUCUAUACUCUCCGGUCUGUCAGAAACAACAGCCCAAAAACAGACAAUGAAUUCUCGUCAAUCCAAAACACCUUCGGA